AAUCAUCAAAAUAUAUCAUCAGGAACUCAUAAAUAUUGUUAUUGUCUGGAGAUCACUUCAUAAACACAGUUACAAACUGUUGCAUCAUUUGCACAGAAUUUCGACCGAGAGCACGUACUUGAGGACUUUCCAAGAACCAGCCAUCUGAAGGAGCACAGUAAAGUUUUUUGGUAAUUUACUCCAGAACGCAAAUCAUGUUGCAUGUAUUUAGUAGAUUGUGUCGCCAGACAGUACAUGCUGGAAGAAAUUGGGCCAGCAUUUCUUAUUCCAUGCAAAGAAAUCUUAGUGCUGAAGUGCAGUCAAGCAGGAGCUUAGUGCAAGUAAAUGGCAAAGAGGCUUCUGCUUUCCUGCAAGGCCUUGUCACAAAUGACAUGAAUCACCUGUUAGAAGGAGCAACAAGCAUGUACUCAAUGAUGCUCAACACUCAAGGCAGAGUUGUCUUUGAUACCAUUAUUUACAAGAGGCAUGAGGAGAGUUAUCUAGUUGAAUGUGACCGUGAAAAAUUGGACCAUUUAGUGAGGCAUCUGAAGAUGUACAAAGUGCGAAGGAAAAUUGACAUUAAACCUCUAGAAGACUUUAAUGUAUGGGCUGUGUUUGAGCCAGAAUUAGACAUGGACAGUAUUACACAGGUUGAUGUAGAGUCUUUAUACCUUAAUCCAAAAGCAGAAUCUGAGGUCCUCCUGCACUUGAAAGACACUGUGAGCGAUGUCAUUGUGACAAGAGAUCCAAGGAUGAAAUAUCUAGGACACAGGCUUGUUGUUCCAGACAAAAAACAUAUCACAGACAUUGUAUCAGAUGUAGAACUUGAUAAAGAGAUUUUCAAGUUUUUGCGUUAUAAGUUGGGUGUUGGUGAAGGGCUGCAGGAGCUCCCACCAACAAAAUGCUUGCCACUUGAAGCCAAUCUAGAUUAUCUUCAUGGAGUUAGUUUUCACAAAGGCUGUUACAUAGGACAAGAACUUACUGCCAGAACUUUCCACACUGGUGUUGUGCGCAAGAGGUACAUGCCUCUCAUAUUUCCUGGUGACGCUUCCACUCUUGCUUACGAUACAAAUAUAAUCAAUGAGAAGGGAAAAUCUGUAGGAAAGGUUCGAGGAAUAGAUGGUCAGUAUGGGAUAGGGCUUUUAAGAGUUAAAGAAUGCUUAGCUGCUGAAUCUCUGAAAGCCAAUGAUAUGGUUGUAAAAACGUUUAGGCCUCCAUGGUGGCCCAUUGAAGCCUCAAAAGAAAAAAUGAAUUAAACAUACCUAAAUCAAAGAAAGAAUGGAUUGAUAAUGCAGUACUUACUCAGUUUGGAAUCAUUUUAAUGUUAUUUCCAAUCAAAAUAUACUCCAAAGUAAUAACUUACAUGUAACUGAGAUUCUAGGAUGACCAAGUAUAUAUUUGUUGUAUAAUAUAUAUAUUGUACAUUGCAUUUAAUUGAAAUUCAUGAUGGGUUGGCCUGAUAACACAUGAUAAAUCUCUAGUUGGUUUUAUUCAUAUAGUCAGACAUACAGUUGGAGACCAGUAUUAUCAACACAUGUUAUGCAAUGUAGGGAUUAUAUUAUCACCAGUAGCAUAUUAUCACAGGCUGGAAAGUUAACAGUUAUUAAUUCACUCACUAUUUAUCUGAAGAGUAUGUAUUCCAAACCACCACUUGCAUUAUUUAUGUGUAUUAUGCUUACAGUUUAUACAUUUAUCAUUUUUUUGUAUUCUCAUGGGAAAAUGUUGGUAAUCGUAAUUGUGAAGUUCCAUGUGUUCUUAUUUUAAAAGGUCACAUAAAAACUUGUGAAGUAAAAUGGUCCUACUUUUUGUUUUUAGUCAAUUGUUGAAUUCGGGUAGAAACUUUAUGGACUUUUUAGUUGUAUUUAAUAAAAUAGUGGGUCUAUUACAUUCAGUGAAGUUGUGGGUUAAUUCAAUUCCUUAUUAUUUUAAAACUUAAAAUAAUUCUCAGUUCUUUUUAAUAGGCUUUCAGACAUUAUAAAUGUUACUACAUGGAAGCUUGAGUUUAAAAUGAUAGAGAGUUAGAGUUAUGUAUAUUACCUACUAUAUUUGAAGGCAUGUCUGUCCAAAAAUGCAUUUAUUAUUUUGUUACUUUUAAAACUUUCAUCUAUAAAAAAACAUCAAUAUGUUCACAUUAAUGCACUCAAUCUGAUCUCAUAAUUGUAGUGCUUAAAAUGACCAUAUUGAUGCAUGUUAUAGAUGUAUUUAAUAUCAGGCCAUUGGUCAGAGAACACAUUUGGAUGCAAAUACCCUCAUUUUAAGGGCAGCCUUUAAACACAGGGAAAUAUGUUUAUGAAAGCAUAAAGAACUUUCUCAGGUUCUACUCUUGUUUUUUGUUUGUAUUUUGUCAUCUAGUCAUUUGUUAUUAAAUAUAUUUUUGAAUAUUA